UCAUAUUCUAAAAUAUUGUUGAAAAAUUCAAGUAUAAAUCCCCCAUAAUUUUAAAUUCAAAUUUAAAUAGCGUGAAUUCACCACACUGCUUAUCGGCUAGAGCUCAUCUCUAUAAUUCUGCAAUGUUUACCAACCUGAUAUUAUGCCGGUGACUCGAACUAGAAAGGGAUGGGGAAUCGGUGAAAGGCGCCAAAAGGUUUUGCCGCGAAAAGCGAAAAGGAAAAGACAGACUAAAAGGAAGGCAAAAGAAUCGCACCCAAAGCACGCUCUUCACGCAUUUAAAAUAAUCCAAAGAAAAAUUAGGAAAAUCAGCGUAUUGAUCAAGUGAAAGUGCAGAUCGCCAGCUGAUCGGUUAAUCGCAGAAUUCUCACAGCAGCUGUCUGUGAAUUAUGGCCUGCAAGCGGCUGAUGCUCGACGAUGAGGAACAAGAUGAUGGUUUUAGCUUCGAUUUGGAGAAUCAGGAGAAUAUUGCGACCAAUAAUAUGGCGAAACGUCGCAAGGGGCUGCUGGAGACGCCACUGCAGCGCAUGCUCAAGCGGCACAUUCCCGCCAAUUCGGCCACCGCACUGUCGCCCAUCACCGAGCUGUCGUACAAUAUGCGCGGCGCCCGUCUGAAUGAGUGCGCCGGUGGCACACCCAAGUCCACCAACACCCUACGAACCUUCAAUAGCAUCAAUAGCAUAGCCUCUAGCUGCGAUUCGGGCAACUCCCUGGACGACGAGUACCUGCACAUGUUCGAAUUAGACCAGAGAGAUGCUGUUGACCAUGAUUUGCCUGUGGGUUUGCCCGACGAUCUGGAGCAACUGAUUACUGGCCAGCUGAAGACGGACCACAUCUCGGAGAGCAGCAGCGAGCCAAAGGCCCGCUCGGCACGUCGCUGCCUGAGCAUGCUGCCCAGUGACCCAGCGGAAGAGGACUCCAAUGGUAGCAGCGUGUCUGUGCUUAGCCACAAGACGUCGCCCACCGCCACCCGCAUGCUGCUGCGCAAGUCCGUGUCCAUGAACGAUGCCGACAUUCUCACAGCCCUGGGCGACGAGCCCGAAUUGAUUGGGGAUCUGAGCAAACCAUGUGCCCUGCCCUGCCUGAUCGCUGGUACCCGUCAUCGGGACUUGAAGACCAUUUCGUGUGAUACCCUGGCGCGCCUGAUCAAUGGGGAUUUCGGCGAGCAGAUGGGGAACGACUGCUACCAGAUCAUCGACUGUCGCUAUCCGUACGAGUACGAGGGCGGGCACAUACGCGGUGCCCAGAAUCUGUACACUCGGGCCCUCAUCAAGGAGGCCUUUCCGGCUGCCGCAUUGAAGCCUGUGCCAGGACAGCGCUACAUCUACAUCUUUCACUGUGAGUUCUCGUCGGAGCGUGGACCGCAGCUGUUGCGCUUCCUGCGCAGCAACGAUCGCAGCCAGCACACGCACAACUAUCCGGCCCUGGACUAUCCGGAGCUGUAUCUGCUGCACAACGGCUACAAGGAGUUCUUCAAUCUCCAUGCGAAUCUCUGCGAACCCCGCGGCUAUGUGCCCAUGCUGGCGCCCGCCUACAACGAGGAAUUCCGACACUUUCGGGCCAAGACCAAGUCGUGGCAGUGCGGCGAUGGCGACGGCGGUGACAGUGGCAUUGGCGGCGGCGGCAGUACCGGAUCCCGUACCCUGCGCAAAUUUCGUUCCCGCUUGCUUUACGCCGAGUAAGCGGCGCCCAUCCUCAUCCACCUCUCCAUAAAAAUUAUUCUAAAGCUAAAUUAAUCGCUAGGAUUGAAAGGACGCAAAUUUAUAGUUUCGUUUCGUUGAUUUUUGUUCAAAUGUUAAGUUUUUCCUUUUAAGAUUUAAUGUUUAUUCGUAUUUCGAUUUCUAGCUGAGAGUUUUAUACAUAGAAAAACCCCACACCAACCAAAAAAAAAGAAAAGAAAUGUUCUCUAGUCAGUGAAAGUGAAAAUUUCGAAUUGAUUUAGUUUAUUGUUUGUGUUCGGCAUUUUAAAGUUUAGUUGCAGAAUAUAUAUAUGUAUUUCGUGUGUAAUUUUAGUUUUAAUAAAUUAAAUUUGUAAAUCAAAUGUUUCCCCAAAUCCCAAAUCCAAUAUAUUUUAAGCCUUGAAGGAAAUUAAGAAAAACUAUUCAAACAAUUGA